AAAAACACUAAAGCUAUUCUUGAAAAAAUAAAUAAUUAUUAAUAUAAUACAGUGAUCAUAAGAAAAGUGAGAGAAAGAAAAAAAAGAAGAAAGGCAAAAUGUUUAAAUUUAUUUUAUUAGCUUCGAUACUCAACCAUGAUUUCGUUUUAAUUUCUAUCUGUAGACAUUCAUGAAUCAACAUUUAUUAAUAAAAAAUACCAACAUUGAAAGCAUCAUAAAAACCAUUAAUAAAAAUGAAAUAGUUAAAAUAAAGUUCAAAGAUAACUGUUCAUAAAUAAUGCCUUGUAGCUACAUUCAAACUCAACCGUCUAUAUAAAAAAUACAAAUGAUAUCCAAGCUUUGAAAUUAACUUAAAUGAGCAAUGAGACAAUAAAAGAUUUGAAUUUUGGCUAACUAUUUUACAGAUAAAAACUUCUAAAUUGAUAAAGCCUGUUUAACUUUA